UGGGCGCCCUCGGGGAAGAAAGCCGGAGCCCCGGCUGGGAGUCCGCGCCGCGGAGCCGCCCGGUCCUGGGCCGCGGUCGCCGUUCUCUGAGCCCCAUUCCGCCAGCCCACAGCUCCGGGACCGGGAGGCUGCGAGGCCCGAGACGGGAAAGGAAGGAGGAGGGCAGGCGGCCAAAGUUAGGAGCUUGAAGAGAUUCGCAAAUGUGGAAUGAAAAACUUCCGUAACAUCCAGGUUGAUGAAGCUAAUUUAUUGACUUGGCAAGGGCUUAUUGUUCCUGAUAACCCUCCAUAUGAUAAGGGAGCCUUCAGAAUUGAAAUCAACUUUCCAGCAGAGUAUCCAUUCAAACCACCCAAGAUCACAUUUAAAACAAAGAUCUACCACCCUAACAUCGAUGAGAAGGGGCAGGUCUGUCUGCCAGUAAUUAGUGCUGAAAACUGGAAGCCAGCCACCAAGACUGACCAAGUAAUCCAGUCCCUCAUAGCACUGGUGAAUGACCCCCAGCCUGAGCACCCACUCCGGGCUGACCUAGCUGAAGAAUACUCUAAGGACCGUAAAAAAUUCUGUAAGAAUGCUGAAGAGUUUACAAAGAAAUAUGGGGAAAAGCGACCUGUGGACUAAAAUCUGCCAUGAGUGAUUCCAGCAAGUUUGAGCAGAGACCCCGAGCAGUGCAUUCAGACACCCCGCAAAGCAGGACUCUGUGGAAAUUGACACGUGCCACCAACUGGCGUCUGCUUGUGGCAGUUACUAACUUUCUACAGUUUUCUUAAUCAAAAGUGGUCUAGGUAACCUGUAAAGAAGGAUUAAAAAAUUCAGAUGUUCUA